GGCGUUCGGGGAGAUCGAGAUGAGAUGAGCUUGCGAUGUGGAGUCGUCCUCCGCCCGUGGUCCGUCCAUGGCUCCCCGGCGAUCCCUUGCCGGAUGGGUUUUCCCUCCGUGGUGGCCUUCAACCAUCCGCGGCACCGCCUCGUGGGUUCCGACCAUCUGCGGAUUCAGCUGGACCAACUGCGCGCCGAGGCCGAGAUCACCCGCUCAAAAGCAAAUAAUGCGCGAUUGAGGCUUAUGCGUCUUACAGAGGCAGCUGAAAAUCUCCAAAAAAGAGCUGCUAAAAGCAUCCAAGUCGGUAAGGAAAAUGAAGCAAGGGAAUUGCUAAUACAAAAGAAGAAGUUGUUGCAAGCAUUGGAGAAAUCAAAGAAUCGAAUUGAGGUGCUUGACAAACUUUCAGCAAAGGUUACUGAGGUGGAAAAUCAAAUAUCUAUUUCUGCAGGCUAAUUGAGUAUAUUCACCUCAUUAUUGAUUACUUAUCUUACUCUGCUAAGUGCUAAGAUCUAUAGAUCUGUGGCUGUUAUAUUUAUUUUUGAAGUUUUCUCCAUUAACCAGUUUAAGUAACCUUGAGCUCUAGCAACAAUAUCAAUUCUAGAAAAGUAGAUAAUACAAGAGAGAUCCAGGAAAUUAACAAUAUCUAACCAAGCAACAUUUUCAAAAUUGGGCAAGUGGGUGAACCACUGGCCUAACUGAUCACUAGUUCUUCCAGUUCAACCAAGCUAAAAUUAGGUUCAACUAGAAUUUCUCCAUCACUCGAACCAGAUCAGGUUGGCUUUCCUUUCCCUGAUUCAUUGUGAAUAAUCCUACUAGGCUGGAAGAUGCAUAAUUGCAACAUUUAGCCUAGUUUUUUUUAUUGGAGAGCUACUGUUUAUUGUUUUGCAUCUUCUCUCUUUGUUCACAACAUAGUAUAGGCUGUGUGUUUUAGGAAUAGGUGAAAAUGAGAAAGAAACAAUGAUUUUUAGAAAAGGUGGAUAGAGAGAAGCUAUAAAGUGAGUCUCUCAUGUGGAGAUGUGGUUUCCUUAGAAGGGAAAAAAAAAUGUAAACUUUCUGUCUCAUUGUUUCCUUGAAGGGAAGGGAAGGGAAAGAAAGAAGAAUAAAAUUAAAUUUAGUAUGUUUUUUUAAAAAAUAUAGAAAAUUGACAUAUAAAUUGAGUUAAUGAUUUCUUUUUCUAAAACAACUAGCUGUUGCCUGUUGAGUAGUCUGCUGUUCAAUUUGGGCAAAAGAAAAUGGGAGAAAUUGGAGAAAAAUUAUCUAUCUCACUCCCUCCAAUGCUUUCUUUCUGUCCAAAAGAACAGGGAAACUCUUUUCUAUCCAUUUUCAUACGUUCUAUUUCUUUCCCCUUCUUUUUCCCACAAGUAAAGACAGUCAUAGUGUUCAAGAAUGAUAAAUUUCUGUCAAAUGUGACUUGAAGGGUCAUUUUCACUUGAAAAAAGAAUAUUUCCAAGUAUUUUUUUUAACUACAAUUAUCUACCAGUUGAAUUGGAUUUUGUAGGAUUAAGAUUCAGAUUUUCCAAGAAAAAGUAGCUAUUAAUAUAUGGAAACAAAAUUGAGAGGGUGGCAAAGUAAUGUGUGGUGAAUCCUUUUGAGUAUUAUUCUUUUUUGUAUAUUCUCCAUUAUAUAUAUCUACAAUCUUGGAUUCGUGUGGUGACUUUCUGAGGAUGUUAAUAUUCUCAAUGAAAAGCUUACUCUUCUUAUUAUAGACAUAAUAUUUUUUUUAGAAACUAGUAUGUCAUUAAAAUAUUAUUAGUGUUUUGUGUUUAUCUUAGGUUCAUUAUUUAUGGAGUUAACUUAUUGCUAAAGGAAUUGUUCUAUAAGUUGUUAAUGACAUGUAAUUUCACAAGGUAAAGGUUCUCUAUAUGGUGGAUUUAUUUGAAACAGUGACUGCUUUCAGGCAAUUUCUCUAAAGGAAACACAACUAAUUGGACAAGUUGCCAUUCCACCUGUAGAUAACCAGUUGGACUCUCAUCAACAAAUUCAUUUCAUCAGCCUAAAUGAAGAAACUUAUGAAAAAUCAAGUUCAGGAAGUUCAGAGACCUUGCUCAAGCAUAUGUUUGAACAAAUUGAUCUGAAACUUUGUUCGGUAGAAGCUGACAUAGAUAAUUUCUUAAGCGCCCAAACAGAAGAAAGCAAAGAAGUGCAGGUGAAUGCAAAACUAGAGUUAUGUGAGAUUCUGAAGGAUGUACUCCGCAUCAGAGAAAAAAUUGCUAGCAUGAUGGAGAUCAAGACAGAUGAUAUAUGAGCUCUGAGCUCUCAGUUGUUGCCAGCUGAUAUAAGCUGGGAAAUGUUGAUGGGAAUCAUGAUAUUUCAUCCAGGAGCAGCUCAUGAAUAUCACUGGGGAGUGUCCUCAAGAAUCAGUAGUUCUUGAUCAAAAAAUGCAUUUGACCCAGCCUCUGCUUAAGUUUGCAUCCUCUUUGUUUCCUGCUGUGAGCUGCUGCUUUAUCUCUGCAGAGUCUCAUAACCAUGUUCAUCAUUUUUUGAAUCAAACAAUUAUUGUGAUCAUCCAUUGUGCAAAAUGUUUGUGCAUAUUGGACAGCAUGCAGAAUAAAGCGCCAGAAGGCCGGCGGUGCACCGGCGAAGGGCAGGAGGGAAGGGAAGGGAAGGAGGAGAUGUCACUGCGCCGCGUGACCAUCACAGUCGCAGCCCCACUCCCUCCUCCUCUUCAAACACCGCCUCAACUUCCGAGAUUAAGAGUCGCACCCUGCCGCCGCUGCUAUUCCAACUCCAAACCCUCCCCUCUCCUCCGCCGCCAGUGGAUGCUGUCGUCCCCGUCCUCUCCAAUCCACGCCAUUUCGUUCACCAAACCCUCCACUUCUUCCUUUACCUACUACUCUAACGGGCUCAGCGUCUCCCAUCUUAGAUCCGCGGAGGAAGCUAAACCUUCCUCAUCCUUCUAUUUGAUCCGAGACGACCUCUUGCACCCAUUGGUCAAUGGAAACAAGGCGAGAAAGCUCGACGCCAUCAUUCCGCUCAUCCUGCGCCACGCCGCCACAGACCUCAUUACCUGCGGAGGUGUCCAGAGUGCUCAUACGGCAGCUCUUGCUGUAUGUUGCGCAGAGAGGGGGAUGAGGGCGCACCUAUUGCUCCGAGGUGAACAGCCGGCAGUGCCCACGGGCUACAAUCUGGUGUCUUUGAUGUAUGGGAGUGUGAGUUAUGUCCCAAGAUCAGUAUACGCUAAUAGGAAUGAAAUGCUUAUGAAACAUGCUGAGUUGGUGGCAGGUGAUCAGGUAAAUGUGGUUUGGGCAGAUGAUAUUCUGAAUUUAGAGAAUGAUGAGCUGUCUUUGAACGACAAUGGAACUCCUCUUUGGAAGGUUGGGAAUGUUAGAAGAGUUGUGAUUGUUAAUGAGGGUGCUGGCAGUGUAGCAGCACUAUUGGGUCUCAUUCGGCUUGUAGAAUAUCUUUCUCAAACCCACAUAUUUGGAACAGACCAGAAGAUUGCUUUAGUAGUAGAUGCUGGUACUGGGACAACAGCUGUUGGUUUGGCUCUGGGCAUUGCAUAUUUGGGGCUUCCAUGGAAAGUUGUUGCAGUCAUGCUUGCUGAUACUAAAGAAAAGUACGAGGAAUGUGAAAAAUGCCUUGUAUCUAACUUUAAGAGGGUUUAUGGGUUAGAAUCUCUUGAAGACGAUGAGGGAAUUGUGCAAUGGGUCGAACGACUCCAUCCAAGAAGGUUUGGGAAGGUACUGGAUGGGGAAAUAGAUUUGUGCAGACAAAUUGCACAGCAAACAGGAGUUCCCUUGGAUCCUAUCUAUACUUUGGCGGCUUGGGAGCAAGCAGUCCUAUUUGCUGAUUCGGAAGAUGAGAAGGAUUCUCUAGUGGUGAUGCUCCACACUGGUGGCACUCUCGGUUUGUUUGGGUUGGCACAAAGGUAUGCUUCUGAUUUCAGCUCUUCAGUACCCAACAGGCAUGCUUUAUAACGAGCCAGAUUAAGGACAUACGUUGUUGGGACUUCCGGUUCUUGAGUUUCUCGAUCCUACUGGUUUUUCCAUUUCAGUUUGCUAACGAGGGUCGUUGCUUCAUUGAUAUUUACAGAUUGUAGACCAACUUGAAAAGCACUAGAGCUGCUCUAUCUAAUUGACAUCUCGAAUACUUUCUUACGAAUACGCAAAAUUGGCUUGAUAAUUGCUUUUGUUAUGACGUUCAUGAAUUAUGUGCUUCUUGAAAUCUUUGAUAUGUAGUACAGUAGUUUUAUGAUUC